AGUAGCUUGUUGCGAAAACGGAAUGUCCCUGCGCUGACAGGCCCAUGUCAAUAAAUUACACACAGUAGCAUUUGAGGAAGAAAGCCAACGAUAUAUCGGCAAACCAAGAUGGAGUGCGAGUGGAAACCAGACGAGCAAGGACUUCAGCAAAUUCUACAGCUUUUGAAAGAGUCCCAGUCUCCCGAUACGUCCACUCAAAGAUCCGUCCAGCAAAGACUGGAACACCUCAACCAAUACCCAGACUUCAACAACUACUUAAUAUUCGUGCUGACAAAGUUGAAAUCAGAAGAUGAGCCGACCCGGUCUCUGAGUGGUCUGAUUCUGAAGAACAAUGUGAAGGCCCACUACCAGAACUUCCCCAAUGGAGUGUCUGACUUCAUCAAGAGCGAGUGUCUGCAGAACAUCGGAGACUCCUCACCCCUCAUCCGAGCCACCGUGGGUAUCCUCAUCACCACCAUCGCCUCCAAAGGGGAGCUGCAGAACUGGCCUGAGCUGCUGCCCAAACUCUGCCUCCUGCUGGACUCUGAUGACUACAACACCUGUGAGGGGGCGUUUGGAGCUCUUCAGAAAAUCUGUGAGGACUCAGCAGAGGUCUUGGACAGUGACGUGUUGGACCGUCCGCUCAAUGUCAUGAUCCCAAAGUUCCUGCAGUUCUUCAAGCACAGCAGCCCGAAGAUCAGGUCUCAUGCCAUCGCCUGCGUCAACCAGUUCAUCAUAAGUAGGACCCAGGCCCUCAUGCUGCACAUCGAUGGCUUCAUUGAGAACCUAUUUGCCCUGGCGACUGAUGAGGAACCUGAGGUGAGGAAGAAUGUGUGCAGAGCUCUGGUCAUGCUGCUGGAGGUCCGCAUGGACCGUCUCCUACCACACAUGCACAGCAUCAUAGAGUACAUGCUGCAGAGGACUCAGGACCAGGAUGAGAACGUGGCUCUGGAGGCCUGUGAGUUCUGGCUGACCCUGGCUGAACAACCUGUCUGUAAGGAUGUUCUGUGUAACCACCUCUCCAAGCUGACUCCGGUGCUCGUCAACGGGAUGAAGUAUUCGGAGAUCGACAUCAUUCUGCUCAAGGGUGACGUGGAGGAGGAUGAUGAGGCCAUCCCUGACAACGAGCAGGACAUCAGGCCCAGGUUCCACCGCUCCCGUACGGUUGCCCAGCAACACGAGGGUGAACGGGACGGCAUUGAGGAAGACGACGAUGAAGACGAUGACCUGGACGAUGACGACACCAUCUCUGACUGGAACCUCCGUAAGUGUUCAGCAGCGGCGUUGGACGUGUUGGCUAACGUGUUCAGAGACGACCUGCUCCUCCCCAUCCUGCCUCUCCUCAAAGAGCUCCUCUUCCACCCAGAGUGGGUCAUCAAGGAGUCUGGAAUACUGGUUCUGGGGGCUAUCGCUGAGGGUUGUAUGCAGGGUAUGAUUACCUACCUGCCAGAGCUCAUCCCCCACCUGGUGCAGUGUCUGAGUGAUAAGAAGGCCCUGGUGCGCUCCAUCACCUGCUGGACCCUGAGUCGCUAUGCCCACUGGGUGGUCAGCCAGCCACCUGACACCUACCUGAAGCCCCUGAUGACCGAGCUGCUCAAACGCAUCCUUGACUCCAACAAGAGGGUGCAGGAGGCCGCCUGCAGUGCCUUUGCCACUCUGGAAGAGGAGGCGUGUACAGAGUUGGUUCCCUACCUGGCCUAUAUUCUGGACACGCUGGUGUUUGCCUUCAGCAAGUACCAACACAAGAACCUGCUCAUACUGUACGACGCUAUAGGGACGCUCGCUGACUCUGUGGGACACCACCUCAACAAGCCGGAGUACAUUCAGAUGCUGAUGCCUCCGCUGAUAGCAAAGUGGAACCAGUUGAAGGAUGAAGACAAGGAUCUGUUCCCUUUACUAGAGUGCCUGUCGUCAGUAGCCACGGCGCUCCAGAGUGGUUUCCUGCCCUACUGUGAGCCUGUGUACCAGCGCUGUGUUAACCUGGUGCAGAAGACCCUCGCUCAGGCUAUGCUCCACCAGUCCCAGCCAGACCAGUACGAGGCCCCUGAUAAGGACUUUAUGAUUGUGGCCCUGGACCUGCUUAGCGGGUUGGCUGAAGGGUUGGGCGGCAACAUCGAGCAGCUGGUCGCCCCUAGCAACAUCCUCACGCUCAUGUACCAGUGCAUGCAGGACAAAAUGCCUGAGGUGCGUCAGAGCUCCUUUGCUCUGCUGGGUGACCUGACUAAGGCUUGUUUCCAGCACGUAAAGCCAUGCAUUGCUGAUUUCAUGCCUAUAUUAGGCACUAAUCUGAACCCAGAAUUGAUAUCGGUGUGCAACAAUGCAACAUGGGCAAUCGGAGAGAUAUCUAUACAAAUGGGCGCUGAGAUGCAGCCCUACGUGGCCAUGGUGCUGCACCAGCUGGUUGAGAUCAUCAACAGGCCCAACACCCCAAAGACCCUGCUGGAGAACACAGCAAUAACAAUUGGUCGUCUUGGUUACGUUUGUCCUCAAGAGGUGGCACCCAUGCUACAGCAGUUUAUAAGACCCUGGUGCACCUCUCUACGGAACAUAAGAGACAAUGAGGAGAAAGACUCAGCGUUCCGAGGCAUCUGCACUAUGAUCAGUGUCAACCCAGGAGGAGUGGUGCAGGAUUUUAUAUUUUUCUGUGAUGCAGUGGCCUCGUGGGUAAAUCCAAAGGAUGAUCUGCGAGACAUGUUUGGCAAGAUCCUCCAUGGGUUCAAGAACCAGGUGGGCGAGGAAAACUGGAGGCGUUUCUCAGACCAGUUCCCUCUGCCUCUGAAGGAACGACUGGCGGCCUUCUACGGGGUGUAAUGCUUUCCAUAGGAACAGGCCUGUUCAAGGGGGUCAUUCGCUAUGGGAGACGACGGACGGGGAACCUCUUAUACCCAGGGAACAUGUUACCCUUUACUGGGGGUAGGGUCUGCCAGCUGGGGAGGGAAGGGGGUGCAGACCGUGACCCCUCCUCAAC